AUGGCUACGUCAUUGCGGCCUGGAUCCUUGAGGCGCUGGAACCUAACCUGCUUGGCGGUGCUACAGUUGCUGCUUCCGCGGCCAAAUUUAGGUGACAAUGAGGACCACAGGAAACCAGUUUGCGGCACACCCUGGUGGCCUGACAACUUGGAGGAGAGCCACCACUGGCCCUGGGAAGUGAGCCUUCAGAUAGAAAAUGAACACGUGUGUGGAGGGGCCCUCAUUGAUCGAAGCUGGGUGGUGUCCGCGGCUCACUGCAUCCAGGGCAACAAAGAAUACUCAGUGAUGCUGGGGAGCAGCACGCUCCACCCCAACGGCUCCUCCCGGGCCCUGAAGAUUCCUGUGGGUGACAUCAUUAUGCAUCCCAAGUACUGGGGCCGGAACUUCAUCAGAAGCGACGUUGCCCUUCUCUGUCUUGAAACCCCUGUCACAUUCAAUAAGUACGUGCAGCCCAUCUGUCUCCCAGAGCACAACUUCAACUUCAAGGUCGGGAUGAGGUGCUGGGUGACUGGCUGGGGCCAGGCUAAGCAGCACUCCUCUGCCAAGUUGACACUGACUCCAGAGCUUUGGGAGGCUGAGGUAUUCAUUAUAGACAACAAGAAUUGUGACAGUAUUUUCCACAAGAAGAUCUCCUAUCCCCGAGUUAUCCCCCUUAUCCGGAAGAACAUGAUCUGUACCACCAAUUAUAGGGAAGACGUGUGCUACGGAGACCCUGGGGGGCCAUUGGCUUGCGAAGUUGACGGCAGAUGGAUUCUGGCCGGGGUAUUCUCAUGGGAGAAGACCUGUGCCAAAACACCGAAUCUAAAUGUGUACACCCGCAUCACCAAAUACACCAUAUGGAUCAAGGAGCAAGUGAGCCAUGGGCCGCUGUCAGGGCCCUCCUGGCUUCUUCUCCUGCCCUGGCUGCUGCAGCUCCCAGUGAGCCCCUGACUUCCCCACCCCUUCGUCUUCCGGUUUUGCCUCUGCUGA